AUGGAUAUUUCAGAGAGCAGUGAUGUGAAUCUGUAUCCCUUGGAACCAGCAACAGCUUUAGAAUUUCAGGAGUCUACAGUAAACAGUCAAAUGCAGAUGGAGAUGUCUUCCCUUGGUCAGAGAGAAAAUGCUGAAGAGGAACUAGAAUUUCAGAGGAGGAGGGAGUUGAUUAUGGAGAAGGCAAAGCCUGAAGUGAGAACUUGUGAACAGGGUGAAAAAUGGUCAUUGAAUCAGAAUGAUCUAAUUGUUUGGAAUAAAAGUGGGCAAACCUCUCACAAUGAGAACAAGGAUAAAAGUCCGACAAUGUCUCCUAGUACAAACGCCACAAUCCCUUUUGGCCUGAAGCCACGAUCAGUGUUCUUAAGACCACAAAGAAAUUUGGAAUCAAUAGACCCACAGUUUACAAUUCGAAGGAAGAUGGAGCAGAUGAGAGAAGAGAGAGAGCUUGUGGAACAGCUACGUGAGAACAUUGAAACAAGACUAAAGAUUUGUUUGCCUGAAGACUUGGGGUCUGCUCUGAUGGAUGGCGUAGUUCUCUGCCAUUUAGUAAAUCACGUUCGCCCUCGAUCUGUUGGAAGUAUUCAUGUACCUUCACCAGCAGUCCCUAAACUUAGCAUGGCCAAAUGCAGGAGAAAUGUGGAAAACUUUCUGGAUGCAUGUAGAAAACUGGGGAUACCAGAGGCUGACCUCUGCUCUCCGUAUGACAUCCUGCAGUCGGAUAUUCGUCACAUUCGAAAGACUGUUGACACUCUGCUCGCCCUCGGGGAGAAAACCCCACAAUCAACUUCUACCUUUCGCUCCUGGGAUCUAAUAGGCUUUUGUCUUUUCCACAUACUUUUUAUAGUCUUGAUGUAUAUAACUUAUCACUGGAAUGUGCUAACAGCAUAA